AUGGCGGAUUCACCUUCGGAGAGAGCAUCUCUGCCGAACUUCCUCUUAUCUGUGAAACUCAAAUACGUGAAAUUAGGUUACCAUUACCUGAUCACACAUUUCAUGUACCUGUUAUUAAUCCCAGUCCUUGCAGUCGUCUCUGUUCAUCUAUCAACACUCACAUCACAAGAUCUAUUCCAUCUAUGGCAACAACUUCGAUUCAAUCUACUCUCUGUUAUCAUAUGCUCAACUCUAAUCGUCUUCCUAGCGACACUCUACUUCAUGAGCCGCCCAAAGAAGGUUUACUUACUCGAUUUCGCCUGCUACAAACCCGACGAAUCUCACAUCGUUUCUCGUGAAACAUUCAUGAAUCAUUCAGCUCUCGCCGGGACUUUUAGCGAAGAGAAUUUAGCGUUUCAGAAGAAGAUUCUCGAACGAUCUGGAUUAGGUCAGAAGACGUAUUUCCCUGAGGCGGUGUUGCAGGUUCCGCCGAAUCCGUGUAUGUCGGAAGCUCGAAAGGAGGCGGAGAUGGUGAUGUUCGGCGCCAUUGAUGAGUUGUUGGCGAAAACUGGUGUGAAGGCGAAGGAUAUUGGUAUACUUAUUGUGAAUUGUAGCUUGUUUUGUCCAACUCCUUCUCUUAGUUCCAUGGUUGUGAAUCAUUACAAGCUCAGAGGGAAUGUUUUGAGCUAUAAUCUCGGUGGGAUGGGUUGUAGUGCUGGAUUGAUCUCCAUUGAUCUUGCCAAACAACUUUUACAGGUACAACCUAAUUCCUAUGCUUUGGUGGUUAGUAUGGAAAACAUAACAUUAAAUUGGUACUUCGGGAACAAUCGGUCUAUGCUCGUGUCGAACUGUCUAUUCCGAAUGGGCGGUGCCGCAAUUUUGUUAUCUAAUCGAUCAUCUGAUCGCCGCCGCUCAAAGUACCAACUAAUCCACACUGUCCGGACCCACAAGGGUGCAGACGACAAAUGUUAUAGUUGUGUUUUCCAAGAAGAAGACAAAGAGAAAAACAUAGGUGUUGCUCUUUCAAAAGAUCUCAUGGCCGUAGCCGGUGAAGCCCUAAAAACCAAUAUCACCACCCUCGGGCCGCUAGUGCUCCCCAUGUCGGAACAACUCUUGUUUUUUGUCACAUUGGUUGCAAGAAAAGUGUUUAAAUUGAAAAUUAAACCGUAUAUUCCGGAUUUCAAGCUUGCGUUUGAGCAUUUUUGUAUCCACGCGGGAGGAAGAGCAGUGUUGGAUGAAUUGGAAAAGAAUCUUGAAUUAUCGGAUUGGCAUAUGGAACCUUCUAGAAUGACAUUGUAUAGAUUUGGGAAUACUUCGAGUAGCUCAUUGUGGUAUGAAUUGGCGUAUUCAGAAGCUAAGGGCCGGAUCAAGAAGGGAGAUAGAUCGUGGCAAAUUGCUUUUGGUUCGGGUUUUAAGUGUAAUAGUGCAGUGUGGAAGGCUUUGAGGUCUAUCGAUCCGAAAAAGGAGAAAAGUCCAUGGAUUGAUGAGAUACAUGAGUUCCCGGUUCAUGUACCUAGGAUUGAAAAGAUUGGUUCUUAA